AUGUUUUCAUUUACGGAAGGUUGCGGAUGUGUCAGCUUUCGAGGAGGACGGCGAGCACGUUCAUUGGGAGACGAUUCUUCUUCGUGUCGGAGUUCAGAAAUAGAACAGGAAGUACCGAAGAAGAUAGGCAAGCGGAUGCUUAAUGGUGAUUGCACCAUGAAGGCUUUGGCACCAUUUUUGAAAUUUUGGAAAAAAGAUGAUGUCAGCAUGACCAAAGCUGAAAGAACAAUGAAAGCUGCUAUACUUAUUCAGCAGUGGUAUCGUCGGUAUUUAGCUCGAAUGGAAGUUCGCAGGCGCUACACAUGGACUAUAUUCCAAAGCAUCGAAUAUGCAGGGGAGCAAGAUCAAGUCAAACUUUACAACUUUUUUAAUGCCCUCCUGAGUCAUAUGCGGGAGACUAGCGGAAGACCGUCAUCCGAAAGAACAUCAAGAACGGCUUCUGUCAUGGAACAAAUAUUUUCUGAAGAGUCGGAUGAAGGCGGAGGCGUGGAUGAGACAGCUCCACCGAAAAACUGUCGAGAGCCUGAUAUUGAAUUUCCCCUUCAAAGAAAAGAUAUAGACCUGCUUAUUGAGGCCUUUAGGAAAAAAAAGCAUCGUCUACAUCCAAAGCUAGUAGCACAGAUACUGAAGGAGGCUUCGCAGAUGUUAAAAAGAUUGCCGAAUAUCAAUGUGGCUACUACAUCUAUAUCGAGUCAGAUAACCAUAUGCGGAGAUCUUCAUGGCAAACUCGACGAUUUGCUUGUUAUAUUCCAUAAGAAUGGUUUGCCGUCGCCGGAGAACCCUUACAUAUUCAAUGGAGAUUUUGUAGACCGAGGCAAGAAGGGAUUGGAAGUUCUCCUACUGCUAUUGGCAUGCAUGCUAACUUUCCCCGGAGGGGUUUAUUUGAACCGAGGCAAUCACGAAGAUCUUAUCAUGAAUACCAGGUACGGCUUCAUAAGGGAAGUUCACCAAAAGUAUCGGCAUAACGCAGAACGACUACUAAAGCUGAUAGAGAAUGUAUAUCGCUGGCUACCGUUGGGUACAAUUAUCAACAAUCGCGUGUUUGUAGUUCAUGGAGGCAUUUCAGACUCUACCGACCUUGAUAUGUUGAGAAGUAUGGAGAGAGAUAAGUACGCAUCUUUAUUACGACCGCCGUUAAACGAAGGAGCUGCCCCGGGCGCUGAAGGAAUUGAUAAAGUGGAGUGGAAACAGGUUUUUGACAUCCUCUGGUCCGAUCCUCAAAGUACAGGUGGAUGUGUGGCAAACGCUCUUCGCGGCGCUGGCACAUAUUUCGGCCCCGAUGUCACUACCUCUUUCCUAAAUAAGAACAAACUCAGCUUCAUCAUCAGAAGUCAUGAAUGCAAACCCGGUGGUUACGAAAUACUUCAUGAUGGCAAUGUUAUAACCAUCUUUUCUGCUUCUAAUUAUUACGAGCUCGGCUCCAACAAAGGUGCGUAUCUGAAGCUCUGCGGUAAUGCGCUGGACCGUCAGUUUGUACAGUACACAGCAGCAGUAUCUCGCACACGUCGUUUGACCUUCCGUCAGCGAGUCGGGCUAGUUGAGUCGUCAGCAAUGAGGGAACUGCAUAGUCACAUCAUGACGGCUCGGAGAACCUUGGAAGCUACAUUCAGAAGCAUGGAUUUGGAUCAGAGCGGAUUUAUUUCUAUAAGUGAUUGGUGCUACGCUAUGGAGGAGACCACUCACUUGGGUUUGCCGUGGCGUAUGCUAAAAGAUAAGCUGGUUCGCACUGACCCUGACACACGCCGAGUUCGUUACAUGGAUACCUUCGAUUUAUUGGCUAAUAAAAUUGGCAGGAAAUCUGAUGCGCAGACAGUGGUUGAAACAUUAUACAAAAAUAAAAGAAGCUUGGAAGCAAUAUUUAAAAUACUCGACAAGGAUAAUUCAGGCUUUAUAACAUUGGAAGAAUUUUCUGAAGCAUGUCAAUUACUUGGAAAAUACAUGCCAAAUCCGAUGACCCAGGAACAAUUGGUGGACAUAUGUCGUUUAAUGGAUAUCAAUAAAGACGGCCUUGUUGAUCUUAACGAGUUCCUAGAAAGCUUCCGCUUGGCUGAGAAAAAUUUACACGAAGACGAGCAUAUAUUGGCCGAAAUGAAAGCCUCCUGA